AUGAUCAACAAGUACGCCAUGCGGAACAUGUUCAGCACCCGACGCUCCACGGGGAUAUUCGUGGUCUCUGCGUGGGUCGUAUUCGCCUUUCUCUUCUACGUCUUCAUCUACGUCCACAACCAGGAGAGUCUCAUCACCUCCAUCGUGCGGAAGCUUGACAAGGCGGGCACCGAAGCCCAGGCUCAUGCCGAGCGGCAAAAGGCGCUGCAGCAGAAGAAGGAGGACGCCGAGGAGCAGCUGCGGCUCGCGGCCUCAAACUCCACGCUGGGUCUGCACUCGAUCCAGUUCCUGAACCUCCCGCACCGGCACGACCGCUUCGACGCGGCCGCCAUCCAGUCCCUCCUGUCCGACAUCGAUGUCGAGUACUUCCCCGCCGUCGUCGACACCGACAUCAGGGACCAGGGCCUGCCCCCAACCAGCAAGCCGAACACGCUCAAGAAGGGCGAGAUCGGCUGCUGGCGCGCCCACGCCAACCUCUGGCAGUACCAGGUGCAGAAGCGCAUCCCGGCCCUGCUCAUCCUCGAGUCCGACGCGGCCUGGGACGUCUACAUCCGCCAGCAGAUGGGCGUGCUGAACAAGCCGUUCCGCGAGCUGCUGGUCCAGGACAACCCCGACAUCCUCCGCCAGCCUGCUCACAACAAGUCGUCGUCGGCGGCAGAUCAGAACACCCGCGGCCGCACCCACGCCAAAGACCUGGCCGACGACUACGAAGACUACGACGACCUCGCGGCCAAGCGCGCCGCCCUCGAGAACCAGUACGUCGACCCCCUGCCCGUCGACCCCGAGGAUCCCUGGGCGGCCAAGACGGGGCUGUGGGACAUCCUGACUAUCGGGCACUGCUUCGACUCGCGCGACAAGACCUCGACGUCCUUUCGCGUGUACGACGACCCCUGGGGCCCCAACAACGGCUUCCAGUUCAACGACAUCGGCAUGGACAAGCCUCUGAAUCGGCAGCGGGUGGUGUUCAGAGCCAUGGGUAUGGUGUGCACGACGGGCUACAUCAUCAGCCUCCGCGGGGCGGCCAAGCUCCUGGUCCGCACCAACUUCAACCUCGACAUGCCCGUGGACCUGAUCAUGAACGAAAUGGCCAAGGCCGGGGAGCUCACCAUUUACAGCGUGCAGCAGCGCAUGGUCGUGCAGUGGAUCUACCGCAACGGGCUCGGCAUGAAGGAGCGCGGCGCCCAGAGCGACAUUCACAACGAAAAGGCAGAGGGCAAGUGGGACAUGAGCGGCUGGGAUGAUGCCUGGAAGACAAAGGACGUCUACGACUACAAGUGGUCGUACGAAAACUCUGGCUUUGAGAACUUUGCCCUGAAAAAGGCGUGGGGCGUGACAAUGAAUGACUGGGACAUGACGCGCAGGGACGUUAUGCGCCAUUAG